CGAGCGAGCGGACGAGCAGUAGUGAGUGUACCGACGCUGUCGCGCCGACGGCGAAGUCGCGCGCGCGUUAGAUCGCCUCCGACUUCUAAUUGGAUUCUGUCCGAGGCCUUAUAAAAUCGCGAAACGAGUGGGAGAAGGAGACGCGAGGCCGUGGAGACGAGCCGGGACGACGAAGAUCGCGGGAUUGCGAGUGCGAGACGACGGUCUCCUUUUUGCGUUCACGUUCGCGAGGAUUCGUGCGAUCGCCGACCUGCGACACGCUGCCGUGAAAGGCGGCCGAUUCUCAGGUGUUGGCUUACACUCGCGGAAAAUAGAAGACGAGGAGAGGUGGAAAACGGAGACAGUGAGAGGAAGACGCGAAACGAGAAGGAUUAAGCAAGAUCAAGGAGGAUCCAGGAAAAACAAUGAACGAGGAACAAGCUCACGAUGCCAAGCAGCAGAUCGCCACGAGUCCAGAGGACACGGAGGACAUGCCCGCGGGUCAGCAGGGCCCGCAAGUGCCGCGGCGACGCGGCGGCAUCUCGGCGGAGCCGGUCUCCGAGGAGGACGCGACUAGUUACGUGAAGAAGGUCGUGCCGAAAGACUACAAGACUAUGGCCGCUUUGAGCAAGGCCAUCGCCAAGAACGUGUUGUUCGCGCACUUGGACGAGAACGAGCGCUCCGACAUAUUCGACGCGAUGUUCCCCGUGACGUUCUUGCCCGGCGAGGCGAUCAUUCGUCAAGGUGACGAGGGUGACAAUUUCUACGUGAUCGACCAAGGCGAGGUCGAGAUCUUCGUCAACGGCGAGCUGGCGACGACGAUCGGCGAGGGCGGCAGUUUCGGCGAGCUCGCGUUAAUCUACGGUACUCCGCGUGCGGCAACCGUCAGAGCGAAGACCGACGUGAAGCUUUGGGGCAUCGACAGGGACUCCUACCGCAGGAUUCUCAUGGGUUCCACUAUAAGGAAGCGGAAAAUGUACGAGGAGUUUCUCUCCAGGGUCUCGAUUUUGGAGUCCUUGGACAAAUGGGAGAGACUCACGGUGGCGGAUGCUCUGGAACCAGUGGCGUUCGACGACGGCGAGACGAUAGUCCGACAAGGCGAACCAGGCGAAGACUUUUAUAUAAUCGUCGAGGGAACCGCGGUGGUCCUUCAGCAACGCUCGGAAGGGGACGAACCGGCGGAGGUCGGCCGCUUAGGGCCGUCUGACUACUUCGGAGAAAUAGCGCUACUGUUGGACAGGCCCCGAGCAGCGACGGUGGUGGCUAGGGGCCCGUUAAAGUGCGUGAAAUUGGACCGGGCACGGUUCGAACGGGUCUUAGGCCCAUGCGCCGACAUCCUCAAACGCAACAUCACCCAGUAUAACAGCUUCGUGUCUCUCUCCGUGUAAGCGAACACUGUCUCUCCUAUUUCCUUCCUUUCCUCGAACCAUCUGGUCUGUCCCCCUUCAUCGCGGUCAGCGCUGCCGGAUCAUCCCCAACUUCGUUUGUACCGGGGGCUACGUUAUUUCGCCGUUAACAUAGUUAACACUUUUUUUAUUUGAUUAAUAUUUAAGUGAAUUAAUGUAUUACGUCAGCUAUCAAUAAUGUGUACACAUACAUAACGUACCAUACGAAGAAAACAUAUAGACAAUGUACACAUGCAUACAGACACAUAUACACACAUACAUAUACACAAAACGGUAUCAUUAGAGAGACGCUGUUAAUAUUAUUACCGUAAGGCUAUUUACGCACUAUGUAGUUCGCGACUCGACGCCGAUCCGUGCACGCGAGUACGUCGACGUUGAUCUCUUCCGCGCGAACACGUUUCUACGUGCGAAUUGUCGCGUGCACGACAAGUAUACCGACCCGUUAACGUCCGAACCUUUCGAUCUAGCGAUUGGGGGAACGCAGUUUUCGCAAAAUCCACUCCCGCUUAGAUGUCUCAGCCCAAUGAUACCGAGCGGUGUAUGCGCGACGGCAAGCUGUCGUCGGACACACGGGCAGAAUGUUACGAGAACGGGUUCCAGCAGGUUCAGGAACCCGUCGGAACAUUCUCUCCAGCCGAGAAUACCGGGCGCUAACGGGCUAAUCCGGUUAAUGGCACGUUGUUGUAGGUCCUGAGUGUAACGUAGAGGUCUUUGAGCGAAGCUGAUGAUGUACCGAUGUGGUGUUUCGAUUCGCGUCCGAACACCGAGACUGUGAUCCAGCAGUUUCGGGCUCGAAGAGAGCAAAACAGUCACACUCGCGUCAUCGUGCGAGGAGACUGAGCCCGUAUCGAGUCAUGUUGUGUCGUUUGAAAGCUGUCGAGGCUCCUAUAACGUCGGAAGCGAAAAAUCCUAAUGACCAUCCUCGCUCAUAGAACGAAUUAUCCGGCAAAACAGGCCAAGAAAAUGCGCCGAAGAUUUUUCAUGUAGUCUUUAAUAAUAAUAUACGUCAAACUUACGAUGGUCAAUCGAGACUUACAGUUGUUCAUUCGGAAGUCGAAGGAGAAAGAUCUUCGCUGCAUUUUGAAUCAGCUUGGGCAUUAUUGCCAUGUUAAAGGACACCGUGUACACUACGAGAGGAAAUCACACGCGUGAUUUUUCGCUUCCGACGCAAUCCGAUGUGGCUGCAGCGACGAGCUGGGAGCCUUAAGUAUUGUCUAACGAUGAGAAAACCGACGAUGAAAGUGACGCUUUCGUUUAUUGUUAUAAAUAUA